UUUCUAUGGCUUCUGGUUCACUCUGUUGAAGGUGAAUGUCCUCUCGUGUCUGUCAGCAUUUGCUGUCAAUGGCUUUCAUGAUUUAUUUUAUUUGAAUGUCUGGGCUUUUUACACUUUCGUCCAAAGAAACCAAUAAUGGAUAUUCUAUGGAUUUUAUGGAUAAUACCCACUGUAAUAGCUGUAGAAGAAACACUAAUGGACUCUACCACAGCGACAGCUGAGCUGGGCUGGACAGUCUAUCCCGUGUCAGGUUCCAGUGACAACAGCUGGGAGGAGGUGAGUGGAUACGACGAGAACAUGAACACCAUUCGCACCUACCAGGUGUGCAAUGUGUUCGACAACAACCAGAACAACUGGGUCCGCACCAAGUACAUCCGGCGCCGGGGUGCACAGCGCAUCCACGUGGAGAUGAAGUUCUCCGUGCGAGACUGCAGCUCCAUCCCCAACGUGCCCGGCUCCUGUAAAGAGACUUUUAACCUGUACUACUAUGAGUCAGACUCCGACACGGCCAACAAGGUGUCCCCGGCCUGGAUGGAGAACCCCUGGAUCAAGGUGGACACCAUCGCAGCCGACGAGAGCUUCUCCCAGGUGGACCUGGGUGGCCGGGUGAUGAAGAUCAACACAGAGGUGCGGAGCUUUGGCCCCGUGUCCAAACACGGCUUUUACCUGGCCUUCCAGGACUACGGCGGCUGUAUGUCACUCAUCGCCGUGCGAGUCUUCUACCGGAAGUGUGCCCGCGUCAUCCAGAACGGGGCUGUGUUCCAGGAAACCCUGUCGGGGGCGGAGAGCACCUCUCUAGUGGCAUCGCGUGGCGUGUGUAUCCCCAACGGGGAGGAGGUGGACGUGCCCAUCAAGCUCUACUGCAACGGGGAUGGCGAGUGGAUGGUGCCUAUCGGGCGCUGCAUGUGCAAGGCUGGCCACGAGGCUGUGGAGAACGGGACUGUGUGUAGAGCUUGUCCAUCGGCCUUCUUCAAGCCUAUACAGGGUGAUGCAUCCUGCAUGCAGUGUCCAAUCAACAGCCGUACCACCAACGAAGGAGCCACUAACUGUGUGUGCCGCAACGGUUACUAUCGCACUGACUCAGAUCCCAUCCAGAUGCCCUGCACAACGGUGCCGUCUGCUCCUCAGAAUGUUCUGUCCAUCGUGAACGAGACGUCUCUGAUGCUGGAGUGGCAGCAUCCUAGGGAGUCAGGUGGUCGUGAGGACGUGGUCUUCAACAUCAUCUGUAAGAGCUGUGGAGGGGGCCGCGGAGGCUGCACGCGCUGUGGCGACAACGUCCAGUUUGUACCCCGCCAGCUGGGUCUGACUGAGCCCCGGGUCUACAUCAGUGACCUGCUCGCCCACACACAGUAUACCUUUGAGGUGCAGGCCGUCAACGGUGUCUCUGACCAGAGCCCCUACUCACCACAGUACUCCUCCGUCAACAUCACAACCAACCAGGCUGCUCCGUCGACAGUGUCCAUCAUGCACCAGGUCAGUCGUACCGUGGACAGCAUCACUCUGUCCUGGUCUCAACCAGACCAGCCCAAUGGAGUCAUUCUGGACUAUGAACUGCAGUACUACGAGAAGGACCAGACCGAGUACAACUCAACCAUCAUAAAGAGCCAGACCAACACAGUGGUCAUCCGCGGUCUCAAAUCAGGGGCAAUCUAUGUGUUCCUGGUUCGCGCCCGAACCGUGGCUGGAUUUGGGCGCUACAGUGGCAAGCUCUACUUCCAAACCAUGACAGAAGAGGAGUACAACACCAGCAUUCAGGAGAAGCUGCCUCUCAUCAUCGGCUCUGCAGCUGCAGGCCUGGUCUUCCUCAUCGCAGUGGUUGUCAUCGUCAUCGUCUGCAACCGGAGGCGUGGCUUUGAGAGGGCAGACUCAGAGUACACAGACAAGCUGCAGCACUACACCAGCGGCCACAUGACUCCAGGAAUGAAGAUAUAUAUUGAUCCGUUUACAUAUGAGGACCCCAACGAGGCGGUGAGGGAGUUUGCUAAGGAGAUUGACACUUCCUGUGUGAAGAUUGAGCAAGUCAUUGGCGCAGGAGAGUUCGGGGAGGUGUGCAGUGGGAACCUGAGGCUCCCAGGCAAGAGGGAGAUGUUUGUGGCCAUCAAGACGCUGAAGUCGGGCUACACAGAGAAACAGAGGCGGGACUUCCUGUCUGAGGCGUCCAUCAUGGGUCAGUUUGACCACCCCAACGUGAUCCACCUGGAGGGUGUGGUCACCAAGAGCGCCCCUGUCAUGAUCAUCACUGAGUUCAUGGAGAACGGAUCACUGGACUCCUUCCUCAGACAAAACGACGGUCAGUUCACAGUGAUCCAGUUGGUAGGCAUGCUGCGUGGCAUCGCCUCUGGCAUGAAGUACCUGGCCGACAUGAACUACGUCCACCGCGACCUGGCCGCACGCAACAUCCUGGUCAACAGCAACCUGGUCUGCAAGGUGUCCGACUUCGGCCUGUCCCGAUUCCUGGAGGACGACACGUCAGAUCCCACCUACACCAGCGCCCUGGGAGGGAAGAUCCCUAUCCGAUGGACAGCCCCUGAAGCCAUCCAGUACAGGAAGUUCACGUCCGCCAGUGAUGUCUGGAGCUACGGCAUCGUCAUGUGGGAAGUCAUGUCCUAUGGAGAGAGACCUUACUGGGACAUGACCAAUCAAGACGUGAUCAAUGCCAUAGAGCAGGACUACCGGCUGCCCCCUCCCAUGGACUGCCCCUCGGCCCUGCACCAGCUUAUGCUUGACUGCUGGCAGAAGGACCGUAACAACCGGCCCAAGUUCAGCCAAAUCGUCAACAACCUGGACAAGAUGAUCCGCAACCCCAACAGUCUGAAGGCCAUGACCCCGCUGUCUUCAGGUGUCCAUCUUCCUCUCCUGGACCGCAGUGUUCCAGACUUCUCCAGCUUCAGUACUGUGGACGAGUGGCUGGAUGCCAUCAAGAUGGGCCAGUACAAAGACAACUUUGCCAAUGCUGACUUCGCCAGCUUUGAUGUGGUUUCCCAGAUGACCAUGGAUGACAUCCUGAGCGUGGGCGUGACGUUAGCAGGCCACCAGAAGAAGAUCCUGAACAGUGUGCAGAUGAUGCGUGCCUCCAUUAACCAGAUCCAGUCUGUGGAAGUUUGACCAUCCAGAAUGGAGCAGAGGAGAGCAGAUGAGAGGAGAGCAGAAGAGAGGAGAGCAGAAGAGAGGACAGCAGAAGAGAGGAGAGCAGAGGAGAGGAGCAGAGAAGAGGGGAUUGGGAUGCAGGGCUCUGGGUUCACGGAUGGAGUGGAGGUGUUUUUGCUUGACUGUGAACCUUGUCUUCCUACCAAACUACCGUCCAUCCACGGUCCCCUUUUUCAAUCCCUCUCCUGUCCUCCUCUAUCCCCUCAUCCAAAGUCCCCAUAACCUUUCAGGAUCAGCUCUGGAGGUUUGUGGCCAGAGGUCUACAUGACCAGACAUCAAUCAAUGUGGCCAACAAGGUUCCUUCUUGGAACCAGGAUCAUGAGAGGUUACUGACCAGCGACACAUUUCUACUUCCAUCUUCCACCUCGUUUUUUUUUACGGUGAACUUUUUUCUUACAUUUUUUGGUUUGUUUGAUUUAAGAAUUUUGUAAAGAACUUUGUAAAGAAAAAAAAGUUGAGAAAACUCAAGGAGUCUAUAAGUAUAGAUGUAAACUAGGUGAACUGACUAGAAAGACUACCCUUUAAAAGGGCAACAGACAAGAAGACAAUGAAAAAUGGGAGAUUUCAAGACCAUCACUUUCAAAAAGAAACUGAAAUAUUAUAUGUUGUUUUUUUUACUUCAGAAACAGGAAAGAAACAUAAAUCUUUGCUGCCUCCCCAAAAGCAAACAGCAGAAUAGACUGAGGAACUUGAUCUACACUCCUAUGGUUGACUUGGGAGACAAAAUAGUGUGAGCACCAUGGAAUGGACAUCUUUUGGCAGAAACUACUACCAUGAACAAAUUCAACAAAUUCAGUUAUCUACCAAUUUAAAGCAACACUUAAAAAUAAAAACAAAAUACCUUUUCUCAUAACAAGUAAUUUCAUUUUUCUGUGUGAAAAUGUUGAAGAUUUUCUCUCACCAUGCUUCCUCUCACCGUGGGAAAGUUGAUAUUUUUUCAAUGAAAACAUCACAACCUGCCAAAUGGAACAUCCUCCCUGUGUACCUCAGAUGAUGUCAUGAUCCUGUACAUAUCAGAUGCACUUGACAAUGGGACUGUGAUGUCAUCACUAUGUGCCGGACAUAGUUACUAAGACCUGGAAGUGAUGGAUUUAAAUUGUUUCUUUGGGUGACUAGAGGGAGGUUUUUCUUUGUUGUUAUUAUUCAUUUCAUUUUCCUUUUUGCAAAAUGUUAGUUGUGGAUUUUGAAGAAUCAGUGUAAUAAACAGCAAACAUACAGUACUUCCUCCAUGGAUGUAUGGAAAAAAAGAACAUAUUAUGGGUGUUUUCCCUACAAUGUUUACAUAGGAGGGCACAUAUGUUUUGGUCGUCAAAUUAUCUGCACUCUUAGAAAAACAGGUACUAUCUAGAACCUAAAAUGGUUCUUCAGUUGUCCCCAUAGGAGAACCCUUUGAAGAACCCUUUUUGGUUCCAUGUAAAACCCUUUCCACAGAGGUUUCUACAUGGAACCAAAAGAGUUCCACCUGGAACCAAAAAGGCUUCUCCUAUGGGGACAGGCGAAGGACCAUUUUGGAACCGUUUUUUGUAAGAGUGUAGAGUUUCCCCCUGUGUUUUAAACUUCACUGUGUGUGUGUGUGCGUGCGUGCGUGCGUGUGUGGCUAAAUGUGCUCUGUGUUACAAAGCAGCAGCUCCCAAAGCUGAAGGGCUAGUGUUUGAUAGCAUGCUGAGUUAAUGAUUGAUUUCACAGAGCUUUGAUAUGUUACACUUUACAGAACACUGUUCCGUAAGCGCUUGGAUUUGAUACACUUUACAAAAUAUAAUGUGCUUACAUUAUAUUUAGCUUUUUUUUCCAGAUUCUUUUUUAAUUUAAAGUAACUUUAUAUUGAAGUGUCAGGGUUUUAACACCACAUAUGGUUAUCUCACAUUGGUCUGGUCACGGACAAAUCUUUUCACAACUGGGCAGUAAGUAACAUUAGCAUGGGAUAGUGUAUUAUUUUACGCAUAUUAUUAUAUUAUUGUACAUCAUGGAUGAUGGGGAGCACUUGUGACAGCUUUUCCAAGUAGUCUAUUGGCAGGGUGUGUGAACACAGAUCAUACGAUACGAUGGGCCUCCAUGCCCUUAUGGAAUUUUAGGAAAUCAUUGUUGGUGCACAAACAUUUCUGAUAAGUGGAGUCCUUGAGACUUCUAUUUUCAUUUUAUAGAUACAUAUUGCAUUUACUGUAUGGCUUCUGUGAAUAGCUGUCUGAUGAACGGAGAGCUAUCUAUCAUUGUCAAUGUCGUUGUGGCCGAUGUGUUGUUUGAGGGGUUAGGGAGCCUGGGGGGGUCCUGUGUUAGUCAAAACCAAUGGAAUCCCUAGAGAUGGUAAAUCACACACUUUACAAACUCAGGCAAAUGAGAUCUGCACUGCAGAGCUGCUAAUGGAUAGAUCCACUGAGACAGGCCUAGUACUCGAUAUAGACUGAGGAGCCAGACAUGGAUCUCUAUCUGGGGCCCAUUGCUCAGACAUGUUCAUUCCUAGUGGGGGUCCACAGCCUGAUCACAGCCCCACUGACCAGACAGUGAUUCCGUCUAUUUCUCCUCAGAGCUAAACACACGCCUCAGAUCCCCUACUCUUCUCCUCCCACUGUCCUCUGUGCUCUGCUUUCUCUGAUCCAUGACUUUGUGACUCUGCAUGUUGUCAUGUUGACAGACCAGGUCUGUUUAAAAAUAGACAGAAUUUAUGUAGGCAACACACAAUCUGAGGGCACCGUGUUGGUCUCACAGUAGGUGGCUAUGUAAGCGGAGGUUCUUCCACAAAACGUCCUUCCUUAAGCAUCAUCAGGUGUCCGCUGUCUGUUUUGAGGCACUUUGCUGUCUGAACAGAACAGGAGAGGUGUCCUAUAUAGGCCUUAGCAUUUGACCCCUCAGCACAAAAGCAGUGAAAUCCCACCUUAGCUCUCAUCUGUCACUUAGUCCCCAUCUUAUUCCACCCACUAACCCAUAUGGCCAUCCAGAGUCUUUACAAACCUUGGGCAGGAGCACUGGGGUUUUCAUCCAGCUUCUGUAACAUCAUCCUCCCUUUAGUUUUCUGUCAACAGUACUGUGUCACCCUGCAUAUUCCAGUGCAGACUCCAUGACAGAUGAAACAGCAGGAAGUACAUCACUCUCACUGUUAGUCAUUGCCCAGAGUGAAAGGGUAAAUGAUUCUGUGACCCAACUGUCACUGAUGCCACCGUGCUGUUUCCUUUAAAAAAGAAAUUGCUAAAAAAUCUUCCUUUCCAUCUCAAAACACUUUAAUAUUUGAGGGCACCUCAGUGAUAUUCAGUAAAGAGCCAGCAGCCUGAGUCAGUCUUCCCAAGAUAUAGACAGAUAUCCCACUGUCAGGGCAAUUUCUGUUCAGGAAAUCAGGCUCAGCAGUACAGCACUAAUAUUUGUGCUGAAGACAGACAGAUGGAGUCUUGUGUCACUUGCAAAUGUCUCCAUUCAUGCUCUCUGAGCUGUUUGGUGAUAGUGUCAUAUUAAGGUGAUUAAGCGGGGGGUGUUUAAACAAAGUAUGUAUCCCCAUGUGACGUUCAAUCAAAAUACAGUAUGAAGAAAUGUUAUAAUGAUGAACUAAAACACACAGUAGUGGUGGACUCGUAUUUAGAGUUAUAGGAACGUAAAUAUAGGUAUUAAGAAAGUGUUUUUAUUUUCUUGAAUUAUUCUUGGAGGAGUAGGUUUGGUAUGUUACUUUGUUGAGAGAAUCUGGAUUCAUAAGGAGUUGAGUCAAGACUUUUAUUGGUUGCUCAGUGUGGAGCUAUGGAGACUGCUGAAAGCACUGUGUGAAGUAUUUAUUUCUUCUGUAUCUGAACCUAAUGGCAAAAAGAAACCUUGUUUAUUCACCCAUAGUUCAUCCAGAGCUAUCAUUUGCUAUUCGCCGGAGAAAAAGCUGUCGUCCCGCUUUCUUUUAUUUAAAAAAACAUUGAUAGCCCCCAGUAGAGCUCUGUGGUACUGUUUCAAAGCCCAUGCCUUCUGAUAAAACUCCUUGGCACAGUGGUCCUUUCUGGGCCCAUUGUAAUGGACCUGUAGUAUGUGAUUAAUCGAUCUGAUGGGAUUAUGAUGGGGGUUUUACAGAAUAGAUUCUGCUCACACUGUGAGGAUUAGACUUCCCUGUGUGAAUCCAUGAUGGUCAUUAUGCCACAAUAUCUCAUGUGAUGUCUCACUCAAUAGUUCUCUCUGGUGUGAAAUGAAAGGUUUUAAAACCCCACCAUAAGUACUGCAUAUGGGUUACUUUAUACAUAGAUGGAAUCAAGGAUAUUUUUACAUUGUUGAGAUUUUGCAGCUAGUUGAAGACGAGGAGAAGCUAAAAAGGUAUAAACACACACAUAGCUUUUUGUUGAAUGAUUGUGUGUUUUCUUCCCAAGGCCACUGAAAUAACAGGCAUUUUCAAGACAGCAACUUUACACUUAUUCAAAGCGCAAAGCGCAUACUAUGUUUCCAUUUUUCAUGAGUAAGAGCAUGUCUCAAAUGUCUGCUCCAUUUCUGAAGAAAAAAAACCCCGAAAUAUAUACUGUAGUUAUUUUUUAUUUUUUAUGUACUAUGUGCUUCACAAACAUAAAAUCUUGGGCUACCAUCGCUACAAUUAUUUAACAGUGCGGGGCAAUCUCCUUCAUACUCUCCGUUUUCAAUGUCCAGGCUCAUGCGACAGAUCAGACAUAAAGGAGCAUAGAAGCAUUAUGAUUAAACAUUGAGAGCAGAAUAUAACUGGGUUUUUUUGCAGUAGGGUUCUUUGUUUGGAAUAAACAAGGUAACUUGCUCCAGUAUCAGAACUCUGUCCUCUAAAACGCUUGUCUUUGUUUCAAUGGCUUGUAUCUGCAGAUACUGUUGAUGUUUCACUAUCAAUGUGCAUGUUAACUAAUGCAUAACAAUCUUUUAUUUAUAAAUCAAAACCAAUGUAUCUGAGAUGUUGAUUCAAUGCACUGCGGACGCAAAGAACAUUUCCCCUACUGUGUUCCGAUUUUUGAAGGACGGACGAAAACCAUUAUGUCUCAAUGUUACAAUUACACGACAGUGUGCAUAAACACAAGCUGUGCCGGCUCGUACUCAUUGGUCUGUGUUUGUGGACCAUCCAAAUAUGCCCCGAGCAGCAGUCUGCCUGCCUGCCUUUGUGGCAGUCAGUUCUGUGUGUAUAGAAAAUGGCUCCUGUGGAUAACUCUCUAACGUAAAGCGUCAGAGCCCCCUCUGCUGACAUGGUGGCUAAUAGCAGUCUAGUUGUGACAAAUUUCCUUGUGUUCCUUACGUUGUCUUAUUCCCCCACAUCCCCCUUCCUCCCCUAUGUUCUCACCUCUCUGGCUGUUGGUGAAGACAGACUGAAGAUGGCCCUGUCUCCCCUGGCCUGUUGUAGCCCUCGUAGAACAGUGCCGGCCCUGACCACUGUGACUGAUGUGGGAGGUCCUGUAUUUCUGUAUAAAUGUACAUUGACUGUAACCCUGUGAAUGAUGUAACAAUUUCAUUAUUUGUAAUAUUGUAAUUGGUUUAUUUUCUAAAAAUGGAAAGCCCAACUUGACUCUCCUCAAUAAAAAAAUGAGAUCUGUUA